AUGCCUGCUGUUGUACUGGAGAAUCUGACCAUAAUAAACUCAGGGAUGGAUGUGAUGAGAUCACCAAACACCUCCCAAAUACUCAAGAGUGGCAACAUAUCAAGAAAGAGUAUGGGACGGCCCCUCCUGACAGUGGUAGACAUGCCCCACCUCCUACAUUUCCCUGUCUCUCUGGCUGUUGACUCUCCUGAGAACUACACCUUUGCCUUGUUUGGAAAACACCCUGUGACUGGAAUGGAGGAACAGCCUCUCCUCACUCUUAAGCUCAGUGAUAUGAAAGAGGAGGAAACAGUGAACGGAGAUAGGAAUGAUGAUAUGAAGGAAACAGUAAAUGGAAAAAGAAAUGUGGAAAAUUCCCAAACAGAAGUUGUUGUCAUAUCAACUGGCACUGCAGUAGUGGGAUGUGUUCUAGGAUGUGGCUCAGCUGUGUUAGUCCUGGUGGUGGUAAAACAACUUCGCAGAAGAAGCAAGUCCAGAAAUGCAGCUCCUCAGGGGAGCUCGUCAGAUGAGAAGUAUGCCAGUGUAUGACGAGGUUGUUCUUCCACCGACCACCUCCUCUUCUGCCAUACCAACUGAACCCAACACAGCCUAUGUCACCACCACAAUGUCUCGGAAUAUAUAUAGUAUAUCACAACUGACCAUAAUGUGGCUUAUGCUGCUCCUUUGUAAGAAUGCUAUUUUGGUUCAAAAUUAUGUUUGCAGUAAUCUUCACUAAGUGGUAUAUAUAGAAAGGGGCCAUAAUAAUUCUUGUAGUCCGAAGCCUUACAAUAUCAAAGCAAAAUUACUAACUA